AUGAGGUCACGUCGAGCGAUAACGAGGAGGAACGAAUCGAAAAUAUUGCAGCGGCAACAACCGUGCUCGCAGAUUUCCACUCGUCAGUCACAAAGAACCAAUAGAUACAGUAUCGUUGAAUUCAAUUUCUUUCCUCGUUUGUUAACAGCGGACGCGAGUGUGGAAGUUGGAAGGUUGAGCCCGACACUAUCAGUUUCCGAGCUGGGUGCUGACACGGAGAUGGUGCAAGAGGGCGGGGCUGGGGCCGUGGACGAGGGGCUCAUUGCGCCCCGCCGGCUCAACAACCCCUGUCUGGACAGUCCCGUGCGUAUGGACCUGCAUAGAGAACUACUCUUCAACCAGAGGAUAGGCAAAAAUGUUCUGAACCAGAAGAGCGAGCUACAAAAGGCCCUUUCGAAACACAAAGAGAAGCAACUCAUGAACCAAGUAAAGGAGCACAGGGAAACGCCAGAACUGGAAAGAGCCAUAGCCGAACGCGCUCGCAGAUUAGAGCAGGCCGAACAAAAUCACGUGGAGAUAGAUCCAGCUACGAAUCCGACACUACAGGAGGUGCGCGCGCGCCUCCGACACGCGGCACCGCCAUCUCCCGCCGCUUCCGCGCACUAA